AUGAGGUUUUCGAGGAGGCCUUUGGGCAGUACCGCCAUGGCCAUAUUGACUGGUAGCCAAGUCGCCAAUUCCUUGACCGUCGAUUUAAGCUCUCCUGACUCGAUUAAGUCUGUCGCAAGCACAAUUGCUUUUGAUAUGAUGAGCUACUAUACUGGCAACCAUACUGGGGAUAUUCCAGGGAAUCUGCCAGCGCCAUACUAUUGGUGGGAAGCUGGAGCCAUGUUUGGAGCCAUGGUCGAUUAUUGGUAUUAUACUGGCGACUCAACAUACAACGAUGUCACGACAGAGGCUCUCCUUUGGCAAGUUGGACCCAAUCGAGAUUAUAUGACGCCCAACCAGACAAAAACCGAAGGAAACGAUGACCAGGGGUUUUGGGGUUUGGCAGCCAUGUCAGCUGCAGAAGUUAAUUUCCCAAAUCCUCCUCAGGAACAACCACAGUGGCUCGCUCUCGCUCAGGCAGUUUUCAAUACACAAGCGCCGCGAUGGGAUCUGACUUCAUGUGGCGGAGGCUUGAAGUGGCAGAUAUUUACCUUCAAUAAUGGCUACAAUUACAAAAACUCUAUUUCCAACGGUUGCUUCUUCAAUCUCGGCGCUCGUCUUGCCAAGUAUACCGGUAAUGAUACGUAUUCUGACUGGGCAGAGAAGACUUACGUCUGGAUGGAAGCUAUUGGGCUCAUCGACCAAAAUUACUAUGUCUUCGACGGUUCUGACGACUUAAUCAACUGCACGAGGGUAAAUCGUCUCCAGUGGACCUACAAUGCUGGUGCCAUGCUUCUUGGGGCUGCGAAUAUGUACAACCACACCAAUGGAUCGACAAUAUGGAAAACAAGACUUGACGGACUGAUCAAAGGAUUGGACGUGUUUUUCCCCAAUGGUCAAAAUGUCAUGCAGGAAGUGGCCUGUGAAAACAAUGGUCUGUGCAAUGUGGAUCAGCACUCGUUCAAAGCCUACCUGGCUCGCUGGAUGGCAGCAACUACCAAGAUGGCUCCGUACACUUAUGAUACCAUCAUGGCCAAACUCGCGCCAAGUGCGCAAGCAGCAGCAGCUCAAUGUUGCGGUGGAGAUAAUGGGAGAACAUGUGGCUUGAGAUGGUCCAUGGGGUCAACUUGGGACGGCAGCUAUGGCGUCGGUCAGGAAAUGGCUGCUCUGGAAGUCAUUCAAAGUAACCUGAUCUCCCAAGUGGCUGGACCCGUCACGAAUGCUACAGGUGGAACUAGUGUUGGCGAUCCUAACGCUGGCAGUACGACUGUCACUUACCUUCCAGUUGGUCCAGCAACAUCAGCUGAUAGAGGUGGUGCUGGCUUUUUGACCGCCCUUGUCCUUGUCUCGUUCAUCGCCAUGAUUUGGUGGAUGAUAGUUGAGUAG